GCGUAGCCGGAGUGCUUUGUGAUCGCCUGCAGGGAAGCGCCUGAAGGGGCACAACAUGAUUGCUUGUGCGUGAUUGUUACGGUGGCAGCAAAGCGCAGCAGUGUUUCGCGUGUGCGUUUUGCAGUCGACACCGUUCAAGUUGGUCCUGCUGAACAUGCGGACGGUGGGAUGGCGGCGCCGACUGCUUUGGCAUCGCAGGCAGCGUCCAGCAACGCGCAGCUAACGCGCACCUUGGAGCGGCUCUUCGAGGACGCCCAACACACCGGCGAGCUCAAGUUGAACGGCCGCAAGUUAAAAGAGCUGCCGCCCUACGCGGCCAAGUACGACCUUCGGGACAUUGUACAUGCAGACUUGUCAAAGAACCGACUGAGCGAGCUUCCCACCGAGCUAUGCGGCCUAGUGCUGCUUGAACGUCUGGACUGCCACAGCAAUGUGCUGCGUGUUGUACCACCGACUGUGGCUGCAUUGCAGGCCCUGACGUACCUUGACCUCAGCCGAAACCAGCUGAGUGCACUUCCAAUGGCAGUCUGCCAGUUGCCUCUGGCAGUGUUGCUGGUGUCCAGUAACCGGCUAGCAGAGCUGCCAGAGGAAUUAGGCAGGAUGCGCUCGCUCAUGGACCUGGAUGUCAGCUGCAAUGAGCUGUCACAGCUCCCACCAGGCAUCGGGGAGCUACAGGCUCUGCGGUCGCUACGUGUGCGCCGUAACCGGCUAUCGGAACUUCCAGCCGAGCUGUGCCGGCUGCGCCUUUGGCAUCUGGACGUGUCUGAAAACCAGCUGGCACGUCUGCCUCCCCUGCUGCGCCUCAUGAACUCCCUGCGCCACCUCCUGGUUGAUGGGAACCCACUGGUGUCCCCGCCUGCUUUUCUUUGCAGGCGAGGUCAGGUGCACGUCUUUAAGUACCUGGAGCUGGAAGCUGUCAAGGAGGACCGAAGGCGAGGACACCUCAUGGAUGCCGAUGGGAGCCUGCCUCGCCGAGGGGGAAGCCGCACACCGGUGGAUCAACGCCCAGCUAACAAUGGCCAUGUCAAGGAGCCUGCAGGUGGCAAGCGACCGACCACCAUUGAUUCUGGUUACUGUAGCACCUCAGAUGUCACUGAAAGCCGUUGGUCUUUUGAGGCACCGGAGGACCCUUUGCUACCGCCACUGCGGGCAUUUCCCCGGGAGCAGCGGCACGAGCGCCUUUCGGACCUGAGCCUGUGUUCUGCAGCAGGUGGCACUACCACACCCAGCACUCUGAGCCCCUGCUCGGAGACGGGACCCGAGCCCAGCCCUCGAGCGUUUUUUGACGACUCUUCAGACACGGACAUCUCUGAACACGGUGAGGGUGGCACACCUAUGCUGCUAGACUCGCAGUCAAAUGGACCAGCUCUUCCCGAGGUGCUCCCCAACCAUGCAGUCGAGAUGCACAACGGUGAUCACAGUAACGCCUGCGAGCCAACGGUGUCUCCAGCCAGGUCGUGCAAGGAAGCUCCGCCUCCACCUCGGCGGGUGCACCAACAGACGUACCGCGAGUUCAAGGAGGCCCUGAGGCUGCAACGCUUGGGCCUGGCGCCCACCACCACCACCAAUCACGUGACUGCACAACAGCAGCAGCAGCAGCCACCGCCGCUCAGCAAGAUCACUCCGGAGGAAGAGUUCCGGGUCCGACACGAGGCCAUUGUGCACCAACAGCGGCUUGAAGCUGCGUGGGCUCAGCAGCGGCUGCAGCAGCCACCCUCUCCCCCUAGCCUGCCGGCAUCACCUUUGCUGGCAUCCAGUGAUGGGAUGAGGACACCACCACGACCGAGCCGUGCUGGCACUCCCCAGGGUGGCGACUUCACCAUCCGCCGAGGCCUGGAGAGGGCACGCGAGGAGCACGACCUCAUCGAGCAGCUUCGAUGGGUGAUUGAGAGCAGACUAAAGGUCCAACUGCCAGCUGAAAUUGGCCCAUCCCUUGUGGAUGGAGUGGUCCUGUGCCACCUGGCCAACCAAGUGCAACCACGAUCUGUUGCCUCCAUCCACGUGCCCUCUGCUGCCACGCCCAAGCUCACUCUGGCCAAGUGUCGACGCAAUGUGGAAAACUUCCUGAGUGCUUGCCGCCAGCUAGGAGUGCCUGAGGAAGCCACCUGCUCGGCCCAAGACGUGCUCGAAGAGCGAGGCCUGGUACACGUUGCUGUCACCGUACAGGAGCUCUUUCGGGUUGCCAGUCGCAACAAGCACUGACCCUUCUAGUCCCACACUUCAGCCCCCCCCGUCAUGCAGUGUGAUUUUGCACCAUCAACCCACCUCCUGUCUACGUUGUGUAAGCCAGUCUCAGCCAAUGACGAAACAAGAAAACAAGAUUGAGGGAAGCACAGACAGAGCAGCGAAGCACUUAGCAGUGCAUUUGAAAACGGUGUGUGUAGUUACCGGCACUGUGAUAUGAAGUUAUAUACCAAAUGCUUACAUAGGAGUAUUAUCUAUACAGAGCUCUUCCAGCCAGACUGCUGACACAUUUGGUGCUGACAUUUUGCAUAGAGAUGACCUUUUGUGGUGCAUGCAGUUUAAUAGGUUGUUGGGCAGAUCUCACUUGUGUUGUGCAGAAUAAACUAGAAGUCUUCAUGACCUGCACUGAUGCUGGUCAAGAAAGUGCCAGUUUCGCUGCAAUGUAAGGGUGGUGCCACUUGUUUUUGGGUAAAAUGAAAUGCACAACUUGUUUUUUUUUUUCUUUUUUACAGCGAGAGAUGGCAACGUCAUAAUAAUUCUGCUAAUUCUACACUUUCUUUUUUGGGAGAUGUCACCACAGGCAUGUACCAAUAAUUUAUUCUGGGCAGUCAUGUGGUGCACUGAAACAUUGUACCAAACUGCGUGCGCCACAAAAUGCUACCUCUCUGCAAGAUUUGAACAUGAAUGAGCCAGCAGUAUACACAGAAAUGUCACAUGCUACCAAGUGCUCCUAUACUUAAGUGCAUUUGGCGGACUCGUGUCAGCAUGCGAUGAAACAGCCCAACAGUAACAUGGUUGGUAUGUGCAGUAACAAGGCUGUUGUGUGUAACGACAUCACUUGUGUCGCUUUGACUUUGCUGCGAUUUAAACUUGGGCAACAUUUCCUAAGUGCUUUUUUUGUGUGUGCUGUAUGCUGCUUCUGAUAUUGAGGGGCACAAUUAAGAAGCAUGCAACCUUCAUUUGAUAUUGAAACAGUUUGUUUAAGUUCAGUUUAAUUACCUUUAACUGAACAAAAUUGGCAUAGUGAAAGCCGUUAUAAAAGUGGAUUUCAUUUUACUCUUUACAAUGGUCACAAAGUGCCCUACGGAUGCAAGUGAUCUUGUGCUACCUUGUUGCUGUGUUGCUUUGUUUCUGGGCUGUGAUUAAGUAUGCAACUGUGUUGCCAAAGCAAUGUACUUAACGGAUUACGUUAGGAAAGAGUAGUUUCUGAGGGAAAAUUAUUCCCUCGACUCAAGAGUUCAUUCUUAUUUAUGCAAUGCGUGCACAUCAACCCACACACUUGUUUGUACUCAUGUACUUACUUUUUAGUGUGAGAAAGUGUUCUUAGAGGUCUUUUAGUAGUUUAUAUUGUACAAAUGACCUUUUGGUCAUACACAACUACACCCUGCCAAGGGCACCUUGUCAUGGCACAUCACAUAUACAAAUGCUGGGUUAAUUGUGGCAAGGCUCAUUUAUCAAAGCCUUGUUCUGUUUUGCCAGCUGCAAAGUGAGUUUUUGGAAAGUAAGACAGCCAGCUAGAAAUGAUACAUUGUUUUUUGGUCACUAAGCUUGCCUAGCAAGCUUGCUAGCCAUGACUCGGUGACUGACGACAAGCAGCCGUCAGCCACCUGGUGAAUAUCCUUAUCCCAGUUGAACCUUCUUAAGCCAAUUUUUAAUGCUCCUUCCUAAGCCUUUUCUGGAAAGCCAAAGCAUGAGUGCUCACUUUAUUGGUGUAGUAUGGGCUGCAACCUGUAGCCUAUUGCUGCAAGCAUGAUCUCUUUGUGCAAGCCUGCCUAUAGGUUGAUGUACCCAGUGUCUGUUCGACGUUGCAUUGCUACUUCAUACCCUCCAUGUUCCUCAUGACCAUGAUUUAUCACAUCGCUCGGCAUCAAUGAAAGGCAUCACGUACAUUGGUGCCAGAACACCCAUUUUGUAUUGUCCUGCUACAAGCCUUAUUGCUAUUAUUUCUUGCCAAUAUUUGCUUUUGAUGGCAACCCACUAGGUUACUGAGAGCUUUCUGCAUCUUUGCAGAUGUCAUAGCUGGCACUUUCAUGCUGUCUGCCAAAACAAAAAGUAUUUGAAUCCAUUUUAUACCGAUUUUCCUACCAUCUUCUUUUGGCCGGGAGGUCUUGAGCCAUUUAUUUGUGUUCAAACACAGCAGGAGCUGUAGUGUUGACUCAAAAUGGGCAUAAAAGCUUAACAAACUUGGCUGUCUGUUCACUUAAAAGAAAUGCUCAUUGUCUGCAUGGAACGGUGUGUUUUAAUGUGUUACACUUAGUCAUGAAUGUCACAAGCUGCAGUGGAAGCUGCAUUUGCUUUAAACUGACGAGCUUGAAAAGUCAUGGUUGCCCACAUUUCUAUCUGUAUUUGGGUGGCUUUGAACAAUUUUUUUUUUAUACAACAUUUACGUGCAAGUUGUGGGAGAGAAAAGACAUAAAACAUCUUUUAAUAAAAUAUGUUUUUCCCCUUUGAAGAAA